AUGGCUGAAUCUCCGCAACCUAAGAAUAUUCUGAAUCGACUUGUUGACGCUUUUCUUAAUCGCCACAAAGACUCCUACCCACCCACGAUUGCCUACGAUGCCGCCGUAGCAGCCCAAAAGAAUGAAAGCCCACUUCGCAGUGGCGACGUGGAAAGCCAAACAUGGAAGAUCGGGUCACUCCAUCCAGAGACUCUCAUCCCAGCUAACGACAAGCUUCUCAUUUUCCGCGCCUUGACAGGUAUAGAUAGCGUGCCCGCCCUCACAACGGGUGGUUAUAUACUCCGCAGCGCUCCGAACGUCGGCAUCUACACGCGCGUUGUCAGAAACGAAGCCACGGCAGCGCGCGCAUACCGCUUCUUCAACAACAUGAUCAACGUAUGCCUGGGAGUUCAGAUGCUCGUUGCCGCAGCCUUGACAGCCCUUGGUGCAGCGAGUGGUCCUCACGCCGCCAUCACGGCGUUUGGCGCAAUCAACACUGUCGUCGCUGGCAUUCUGACCUACCUCCGUGGCUCUGGCCUUCCAGAUCGCUUGAAGGGUUACCAAAACAAGUGGAAACAUGUCCGAGAAUACAUUGAACAACGCGAACGAGAGUUCUGCUUGAUCAAUUGCGAUCUAGACGUGCAACAAGAAGUGUUUACUGUGGAGACUAUGUAUCAAGAUUUGAAAUCGGAAAUGGAAUCGUCCAGCAGCUCUGGCGAUUCGAAAAAGUUACAGCCAGACGACCCUAGACAUCGCCGCUCCCUUUUCACCGUGCAAGAUGAGCACAAUCUUCAAAGAGCUUCGGUGACUCCAGUCAAGCCCCCUACCGCGUCGCAUUCUCAUAAUGAGGAUACGGUUGCCCCAGUCGCCGUUUCUGAGGUGGAGUCGGACAAGGCUUAG